AUGGCACUGCUGACUGAGGUCCCAGAGGUUCUCCACUUCGUCCUUAUUCUGGCAGAUGCUCUAUUCAGCCCAUUUCGCAGGCCCGCAGAGCGCAAGACCCGCGAGCCCGCGCUCGGGGGGACCCCCCUAACCCAUGUCCCCUACCCGCUCCGUCCCCGGCGCCUACCUCCUCGGAUUGCGGCCGUGGGAGCAGGGCUCGAUCCCGUGAUGGGGGCGUGGGUGCCGGCCGGAGAUCGGCUACCGGAGGCCCGGGCUGCUGGCGGGCGUGCGGCAAGAGCCCCGGGGCGGGGGCCGGGGCGGGACCCCACGCUGCUAUCAGGGGCUGGAUUUCUCAGCUUCCACCCGGAAUUCUCCUCGGCUCUCCCGGCCGAUUCGGUGCUGCUCGGCGACCACGUGACACAGGCUGCCUUUGACCCCUGUCUCGUGAGCGGGUCUUCAGAGCUGCUGUUCACCAGGCUGGACCCGAGGCCCUCCAGCUCACUGUCCCCCAGAACGCCUGGGAAGAGGCAAGGCCAAGGCCCCACCCAGGGAAAGGCCUCCUCCGUGGGUCGAAGGGAAGCUGAGGACUUAGACCUGGUCAGCCUUCAAGGGAAGCUGCACUUCCUCCAGGAAGUCUUCCUGCUCCUGCCAUACGGACUCCAGUCAUGA